AUGGCCAUUCACUCCAAAGAUGAGGCCUUGAUGUGUAAGGUCUUUCCAUCUAGCUGGGGCCCAGUGGCGAUGAGGUGGUUCAACGGUUUAAAGGCGAACUCUAUUAACUCCUUUAAGAAACUCACCCGGGCUUUUAGUGCUCGCUUUAUUAUUUGUAGCAAGGUUCCUCGGCCUUUGGGAUCCUUAUUAUCUAUGUCCAUGAGAGAGGGUGAGACUCUGAAGGCUUAUUCAGAUAGAUACUGGGAGAUGUUUAACGAAAUAGAAGGAGAUUACGAUGAUGUGGCAAUUAGCACUUUUAAGGCUUGUCUUCCAGUUGAGCAUGAUUUGAGGAAAUCUCUAACUGGUAAAUCUGUUACUAGUGUACGCCAACUGAUGGAUCGGAUUGACAAGUACAGAAGAGUAGAAGAAGACCAACUGCAGGGGAAAGGAAAGGCUAAGGUGAUCUCUCAGAAGAGGAGGGAUUUUAGGUCGGACCGGUACAAUAAUAACUUACCUUGGAAAGACUUUGUUGGGCAGUCAGGAUCUGCCAACACCCAGGUGGUUAACGCUGUGUUUCGAGAGCCAGUGCAAUAG